UGUUUCUCGGAAGAUUUGCGCUUCUUGUGCUAGGCGCCUUCUCCGCCGUUAACAUGCCUGCGAACGAAGAACCAAGCUCCAUGAGCAAGUCCAAGAGCACAGUGUUACUGAUGGGUCAAAUCGUGCAGACGAACACGACCCUUCAUAACGCAGCAGGCACGAGCGUUACAAGCGGCCACGGCGACGACGUGGAGCUCCUCGUGCAGACGUCCACGGCGAUAUUGUCCACCAUUCAGGUGCUUCGUCGUAUCAUCAAAGAUCACACGUAUAGCCGCGUGGGGCGUGAAUUGCGGCACUUGUCGUUGACCGUGGGGUGUUUUGAGCGCGUGCUGUUCAGCUUCAUCAAGGACGAGAUCAUUCGCGACCCUCAGAUCGACUAUCGCCACAAACAAGCACUGAAGGACAUCAUCCCGUUGAUUCCCACGGUGAGGCGUCACACGAUCCUAGCGGGCGGCGUCGCGUCGCUGCUCCGCCAGGUGAUCGUGUCCAUGACCGAUACCAAGCAGGUGCUGCUCAGUCUGUCCCAAAACUACGACCCUUUCUGGGAAAACCGGUGGUCGUUCACGCCGUUCACGCUCUUGGCGCUGGCGGCCUUUGUCACGCACAAACGGUUCGCCAACCACCUGUCGUUUCGCGCCAUCUUCAGCCUCUUUCGGCCAUCCGUCAAGCAAAUCCAAUACUCCAUCUUCAUCUUGGUCUGUUACGACUACCUGUGGCGGUUUUCGUAUCGGUAUGAUAUGUGUGUCUGUCUCGAUCGUGUUCACUCGUCCAUUUCGUAGCUUUUCCAAGUUACGACAGAUCAAAGUCCAUCAUGCGCGGGUGUCGCUGACGUUGCGCCUAUUUCUCCUGUGCGAGCACGUGUUGGAUCGCACGCGGCUCGCUCGCUCAGCGUCCAGACGACUGCUCAUCGACUCCCCCGUCGAGGCAGACAUCAAUGACGACCUCAAGUCCGCCACGUCGCUCCUGGUGGAGAGGGUGCCGCUCCCCGCCGAGUACUACGACGCAUCGCAUGAGCCUGUGGGGAUGAAGAUGUUCAAGGCAGGCGGGCACGUCAUGUGUGCGUCCAGUGCCACGGCCCAGUGGCUCCUCGGGGCCCGGUGGUACCCCACCGUAGGCCCGUACCUCCUCGCGGCGCUGCUGCCGUACUACGCGAUCCGGCACCGCAAGGCGGCGGCACUCGCCACGCGAGUGUGCAUGGACAACCCGGACAUUGUUGUCAUUCGCAUGGCGUGGAAUCUGUUUGGGGAGUCGUGGCUUGCCGUCAAGGUGGCCGAGCUGAGGUCGCCGUCGCUCCCCGUCCGGACCGAAAUCUUUGUCGACGAGGGUGGGGCGGCGGCGGGGUCGUACAGACGACAGCCCACGGACAUUGGCGUGCGGAUCUUUAGCUGCCGCCCAGUCGCCAGCGUCAAGCAAGGUUCGUGGGAACACGCGUCGGUGCCGUGCUCGGCAAAAAUGGACGCGAUCGGCCUGCCCACGUCGGCGCCGGUGCUGUUUUACAUCCACGGCGGCGGCUUCUUCGGCCGUUUUUGGGCCAAAGACAUCGUCAACCUCAGUGCAUGGGCGGUCCACUUGGGCGCGGUGAUCGUGUACGUCGACUACACGCGGACGCCGGAAGCGCAGUACCCCGUCCCCUUGAAUCAGUGCUUCAUAGUGUACAAGUGGGUGCUUCAAGGCGGGCUGGGGUUCCAUCCGUCGUCGGUCGCCAUGUUUGGGGAAAGCGCGGGCGGCAAUUUGGCGGCCGCGGUGUGCUUGAAGAGCAUCCAAGAGAGAAUCGCCUUGCCGGACGGGUUGGUGCUGGUGCACCCAGCGCUCACGUGCAACUUUUCGCCGUCGCCGUCGCGGUUCCUCCACCAAAGCGACCCGGUGCUGCCCAGGGGCAUUUUGGAGCUGGCGCUGAAUUCGUACUACCCGUUCAACGGCGACCAGUACAAGAACAACACGUACGAUCCGCUCGUGGCUGUGGGGCUCGCGGACGAUGCCCUCCUUCGGCAGUUCCCCCCCACCGCGCUCUUGGUCGGAGACAUGGACCCGCUCCUGGAUGACAGCGUCGACUUCUACACGCGCCUCAACAACCUCCAAGUGGAGUCGUCGUUGAAGGUGCUCACGGGUCUGACUCACGGCUUCCUCAUCUACCCCGACCUCGUCCCUGCCGCACAAGCUGCGAUCGACGACAUUGCCGAAGAAGUGCACGCCAUUUUUAAACGACGCUUGCCAGCAUAAGAGAAAAACCUGUCUUGUGUAAUAUCUUGGUCAAGUGUCCAUUAAUAACGUUGGAAGCACGAAUUCAUUUCGAGC